AUGUCUCAAGCAGUCGAUGAUACCCUCGUCAUGUCCCUGGCCGCGCUGCACAUGCACCGCCGCACGGGCCAAGUUAUUGGCAUCCUGCAUCUACCCGACGAUGUUCUGAAGAUCAUCGUUGAGCUAUGCGCCGGCUGCGAACCCGCCGUCAUCGGGCGGUAUGAAGGCUGGAUAAGACUCACCUGGGUCUGCCGGCGCCUGCGCUACGUCGUCAUAAGCAUGCCUCGGCUCUUCGCGGAGAACUAUACAGAGUAUCCGGGAGCACAGGGAGUCUUUCGAAUACGCGCCGGCGAUCAACCUCUGUGCUACCAUGUCUCAGCGUCUAGGCCGCGCAUGUCGAAGCCGAUUGUUCAUAGCGGCAAAGAAAUUCGCCGUAUGACGCACAUUCGGCAGUCGGCCGACUUCGCCGCCUGUUCCCAGAUAUGGAUCAUCAGGCGCGGAGACGUUGUUGAGCACCUCAAGCGUCUCAUGUUGUUUCCGUCUCUUACGAAGCUCGAAGAGAUCCGCGCUUCUAUUGAGUACGAGCAGCAGAAUGCGUACGCAUUCGUCAGGGACGUCAAUAGCCCGUCGUUCACAGGCCGUCUGUGGGCCCCGCACCUUCUUCGUGCGUAUUUCGAGUCUUGCUGGCUGCCCAUUGUAGCUGCCGGUCUACGCUUAUUGCACAUUACCUGGGACCCAGACGUCAAUACGCCUUGUCCGUCUGCCAUGGCCAUACAUCGCGCGCUCAUCUCCCGUCACGCAUCUACGCUGGAGGACUUACAAAUACGUGACGCCCUCGCGUCUCCGUCCGCGGACUUGAGUGUGGCGCAAACCCUCGCCGCCCCGAGUUUCCCUCGAGUACAGCUUCCUCACCUUCAUAACCUGGUUUUGGUCGGCUGUCCGCUCUCGUACGUGCGCAUGCUGGGGGCCCUGGUGAUUCCGUCGACAGCAGCUGUUCAGCUCGGGUUGGACUGUGAGGAGUUCCCACAGUUGAGGGAUACGCUUCCCAUGGUAGUGAAGGUGCUAGUAGAUCGUCUGCCCGUACCGACGACCACUAUCAAUGCCGUUAGGGUCGUCGUUCGCCAGACCCAAGACGGACUAUUGGACGUUCUCGUGUCCGGCGCGGUGGUUCCGCGUGAUGCCAUUCGCCUGGGUGACUGGCAUCGCCCCAAGACCCCACGACCCGCACUAGACAUAUGUCUGCUGGGAGUGGAUACGCAGGAGGUGGAAUGGGCGGACGAGAUUGUCCCCAUCCUUCGUAAGAUGAACGCGGGGAUCUCCAUCGACGGCAUAGCAUUUGACCUGCCGGAUUGGUGCUUCACGGAGGAUGAAGUCGAUUGGGUGCGGUUGUUUGAAUGUGUACCUGCUGCACGGACAGUGCGCCCGCUAGAACGCAUUAUAGAUACUAUAGAAGACUCUGAGAAUCCUGAUGUGGUAUCGCUUCGUGGACGCCUAGCUGGUUACAGUGACACCAGUCGUUAG